CCAUCUCCCACCCCCUCAUCAACCGCCUCCGAAUUGCUCCGCACCCCACGACCUCUCCUUCCAUUGCAGUAUCGCAGCAGUACUAACGCAAGCACCCCCAGGAAGAUCCCAUGGCGCCUCUCCAGCAACCAGAAAUUCCGCCAGCGCAACCGUCUGCGCAAUGUCGACAGUGUGGUCGCGACGCUGGAUAAUGCGCUUGCGCGCCAGGGCCAGAGCAUGAAGAAGGUCGAGCGCUGGAAGGUCGAGAUGCCGACUGAGCAGGAGAUGUUGCCCAAGGAUAAAUACUCGGUGUUUGAUCGCAAGGUCAAGCGGUAUCGGAAGGGGAUACAUAAGGUGCCGAAGUGGACGAGGGUCAGUCAGAGACUCAAUCCCCCGGGUUUUUAGGAGGAGGGCGGAGAGCGGAGAGCGGAGAGCGAAGGGAGAGUCGGUGGGAUGUGUACACUAUCUUUGCUUAUACGCUGUGCAUCGGAUAUGGCGCUUUUGUGGAAACAAUAUGACAUCAAUCUUGAAAGUCCAGAUUCAGAGGCGUAUCUUUCUUUCUCAGCCUGUUGGGCUCGAUAUAUCAGUGACAGACCAGUUGUGUCUUUUAGCCAUUUGGUUGUUGCGCUGCAUGCACUUUUGUUCUUUUCCCAGUUCACAUACUUUCAAAGCCAAUCAAGAUAUGCCUUUUUCAAGUCUUCUACACCAAUUUCUCGAGUUUUGCGUAUUGAUGCCUAGUCUUUCCAUGUUUCAAACGUGUCUUCUUUGAACCUCGCAUGUCAGC